AUGCGCACACGGGGACAGGUACGGCCGUUGGGCUCGCGCCGGACGUUGGGCGGGUUCCAUGGCACCGUCCCGGGCCCCGCGGCCCCAGGCCCGGCUGCUCCGAACCUACGGCGGCCUGGGCGGCGGACGGCGGCGGGGCUCUGGGCGCGGGGCGCGGGCCCGGGUGGUGGCCGCGCCCUGGUUCUCCCCGGCCCGCGAGCGCCGGCGCCUCUUCUCCAGCAGCAGCAGCGGCCUGAGCGCCGGCAGCCCCAGCAUCGGGCUCCGCAGCGGCAGCAGCAGCCCCGCCUCGGCUCCGGACUCGGACCCCGACUUCGAGCCGGGCCCCGCGGGCGGCUCCCCGGGGACAGCUCCGCGGGCGCGGCGGCGGCGGCGGCUGCGGGCAGAUGGGCCCCCCGCGCGGGGGGACGCGACCCCGGUGCGGCCCCGGGGACCUGGCGGGGACCCGGAGGAGGAGGAGGAGGAGGAGGAGGCAGCUAAGGAGAACCGGCCUCACCGUCACGUGACCGAGCGGUCCUGGAGGCUGCGGGCGCGGGGCCAGAGGCCUGGGCCCCCGCUCUGCAGCACCCCGGGGCCGCCCUCCGAGCCGCCUCCGCCCCCCAGCCUCCACAGCCCCGCGGGGGGGCGCCACGGCCUGUCCAGGAGCAUCCUGGCGGGCCUCAGUCCUGUGGGCAACCCGAGUCCUGGCCCGGCCUGCAGCCCGAGUCCUGGCCCUGCUUGCAACCUGAGCCCGGGCCCUGCCUACAGCCCGAGUCCUGGCCCGGCCUGCAGCCCGAGUCCUGGCCAGGCCUGCAGCCCGAGUCCUGGCCCCGCCUGCAGCCCGAGUCCUGGCCCUGCUUGCAACCUGAGCCCGGGCCCCGCCUACAACCUGAGCCCGGUGCCGCUGCAAGAUCCGGAGCCCGCCCCUGGGGACAGCAUGGCCACCAGCAGGUCCCUCUUCAGCCCUGUCCCAGAGCCCCCCGAGAAACCCCGCAGGAGACCGCGCCUGAGAGCCCGCAAGGGAGGCAACAAGAAGGCGGCCAAGCUGGCCCUGGCCACCCCCGCCCUCCCCCAGAGCACGGCCCGGAAGGCCUGCAUCAGCGGCCUCAGCUGCGCCCGCUGGAAGAAGACUCAGCCCUCCCAGGAGGGCCCCCGAAGCGAGGCCAGCCGGCCCCUGGGCCAGAAGGCUGGCGGGAGGGGCUGGGCCCAGAGGCGGGCCUCCCUCUCCUUUCACAAGAAGAAGAUGGUGGCCGAGCUGCAGCCGCCGGGCUCCCCCGGGGGCUCCCUGCUCCUAGACUCCUUCGGACUCCCCGGCGGCACCUCCUGGCAGACCUCCUCCAUGUACAUGCUGACCCCCAACAAGUCCCUGCCCGUGGCCGAGUUGAUGCUGUCGGACGCGGAGAAGGUGUACCGCGAGUGCCAGCAGGAAGGACCGCUGGCCUUUGGCCACUACCUGUCCCCAGACCGAAUCAAAAGCUGCGAAAAGAUUGGGGAAGGUGUGUUUGGGGAGGUGUUCCGCACCGUUGUGGAGAACCGCCUAACGGCCUUGAAAGUCAUCGCCAUCGAGGGCGAGGAGCUCGUGAACGGCAGCCCACAGAAAACCUUCGGGGAGAUCCUGCCCGAGAUCAUCAUUUCCAAGGAGCUGAGCCUGCUGUCGGAAGAGGCCCCCAACCGCACCGAGGGCUUCAUCGGCCUGUACGCGGCCCGCUGCGUGCAGGGCGCCUACCCCGAGGCGCUGCUCCAGGCCUGGGACUCCUUCCACAGCCGCCAGGGCUCCGAGAACCAGCGGCCGGACUUCUUUGGCCCCGGGCAGCUGUAUGUGGUGCUGGAGUUUGAGUUCGGGGGCGUGGACCUGGAGCACAUGAGGAAGCAGCUGUCCUCCGUGGCCGCAGCCAAGAGUCUGCUGCACCAGGUCACGGCGGCGCUGGCCGUGGCCGAGGCCGCGCUGCACUUCGAGCAUCGGGACCUGCACUGGGGCAACGUCCUGGUGAAGAGGACCAGCGCCAAGGAGCUGGGCUACACGCUCAAUGGGCAGGCGGGCACCAUCGCCACCCACGGCAUCCACGUCAACAUCAUCGACUACACGCUGUCCCGCCUGGAGAAGGACGGGCUGGUGGUGUUCUGCGACCUCUCCCAGGAGCGGGAGCUCUUCCAGGGCCAGGGGGACUACCAGUUCGAAAUGUACCGGCUCAUGAAGAAGCGGACUCGCAAUCGCUGGGCCCAGUACCACCCCUACAGCAACGUGCUCUGGCUGCACUACCUGGCCGACAAGGUCCUGAAGGAGAUGGUCUUCAAGAGGAAGGUCAGCACGGGGCCCAUGCGCCUGGUGAGGCAGCAGAUCCAGGCCUUCUAUGAGUCGGUGCUGGCCUUCGGCUCGGCCACCGAACUGCUGCAGAGCCACAGCCUGUUCCGGUGACCCCGGCACUGGCCCCGGCGCUCCGGGAUAGUUUUCUGAGCCAGGAAACUGUCAGAGUAUGACUGUCUGUGCAAGGCACUUGCUAGGUGCAGUUUUCAAGUUCUCCCAAACUGAAAACUCUAAAGUCUUUGAGGGAUCCAUUCCAUAAAUGAAUAUUUCCUGUG